UCAUCGGAGGCAGUACAUCAGCACGGGAUACAAUUGCUGCACGACAGACAGCCAGGCAAUGAAAACACACCGAUCGAUCGAUCUGGCCAGUCACUUACCAACUCACCUUAGGAAAGUUGGGCUGCCUCAUGUCGAGCAGCAGGUUCAUGCCCGCCCGGGUGAACAGCUCGCGAUAGUGCGAAUCUGCCCUGUUGGUUGGACCGACAAAGACAGCGGCGAAACGAACUGCAUCCAACCAGUGAGUGUGGGGAGUGGACUGUGUUUAGCCUCACCUCAUGAUGGAGUUGUCGCUUUUGUCGACGUGGAAGCCGCCGUCCAGCACCACAUUCUCCUUCAGCACCACCACACCCUGAUUUCAGACACACACUCGGACACACACGCCCAUUCGCAUGAUACAGACAUCCAGAUCGUGUGUGUGUGCGUGCGUGCCUGUGGUCUGAGUGCUGUUUUGCAUCUCUGGAGGAAGGACACGAAGUCCUCGUCCGUCAGGUACAGGCUCACCUGACACCAAAACAUCAUGGUGGCCAUGUGUGUCCUGUCGGCUGUGUGAGGGUGUUUAUUGUGUUGUGUUGUGGUGGUUGCCUCAUCUGGCUGACCCACUGGACCCAGAUGCAGUCAUAUCGGCCGGCCUCAGGCACAAACGUCUGCAACGCCUCACAGUCGAACCUGCACACACAAUACGCACCCAUCACAAGACACACAUCAGACAGACAGAUGUGCGCAUGUGGCAUAUGCUGCUCACCUCUCCACCCGCUGUCUGUCGAGCAGCGUCUUGGCCUUCUCAACAUACUCAGCCCGCGGCUCAACCACGUCAGCCUGAACACACACACACACACACACACGCACACACAGACAUCGCCUCCCGCUCUUUCUUCGCUUCACGCUCUCCCCACUGACGUGUUUGAAGCGGUGCAGCAGGCACCCCUCCGUCACCCGUCCGAUGCCCGCCCCACAGUCGAGUGCCCGGCCCCACUCACACGGCCCUCCCCUGCCGGCAGGCAACUUCCCGAUCUUGUCGAGGAACCGGAGGGAGCCGGACAGGUCGGUUGGCGACACGUUGCCAUAACCUGCACACACACUCAUGCUGACGAUAGGUCAAUGGCUGUGCUCACCUCCCAGCACGCCAUCGACUGAUAUGGCCUGCUGCUGCAUGCACAUCACACAGAUGCAGAGGCGUCUGUACAAGCAAGAGUCUCACAUUCAUCCACAAUUCUGCCCCUGUGUGCCUCGUACCUUCCAGUACUCCUCUGCCCUGGCAUACCACUGUUUGUGUUUUGCGUGGUCUCCACCGAUCUCCUCAUCCCAGAGCGCCUGGCAAGAAGGGUACUUGCGGCCAUCCGAGUCCUCACCCAUCUCUAAUCCUGAAGGAACUGUCAUUAGCAAACACCACACGCGAUGAUUGGUAUCAGUGAAGGCAUGCGUUAUCAAUACCUUUAGCUCCUUACCUGGAGGGAAGGGUUCCUUCUUCUUCCCCGAUCUCUUCCCUUCUUCACCGCGAGCUGUCGUUAGCGAUCCACCGUUUUCCAUUCCCUCCCGUGGAUGAUAUCAGCCCUUGGGACGCCGCCCGCGCAUUGCCUUUUGUGCUGUUUUGUUUCCUCUUUGCACUGAG